CGCUGCUAUCUAUCUAGCACUCGCCUUCUUCCCAAUUUCCAGUCCUGCACCUGUUAAGUGUUAACUAACCACUGCACAACACAACAACUGCCCCAACUUUCACAUUCACUGAACCCAGUCACAAUUCAAAACACCGAUUCCCUGCACCUCACUCACUCACUCACUCACUCAUGGCUCCUGCUGCAACCUCCGAGCGAGUCGAGUUAACUCGGUUCUGCGCCUCCAAGGACUGGUCCAAGGCCAUUCGAGUUCUCGAUUCUCUCAUUUCUCGCUCCGCUUCAAUCCAAGACAUAUGCAACCGUGCCUUUUGCUACAGCAAAUUGGAGCUCCACAAGCAUGUGAUCAAGGACUGUGAUAGAGCGCUUCAGCUUGAUCCUGCGUUUCUUCAACCUCAUAUUCUCAAAGGUUGCGCGCUCUCGGAGCUGGGAAGGAAAGCAGAUGCUUUGUUGGUGUGGGAGCAAGGCUAUGAGCAUGCUCUGCAUCACUCUGGGGAUUUGAGGCAGCUUCUAGAACUUGAAGAGCUUUUGAGGACAGCAAAACAAGGCAACGAUGCACUGAGUGAAACCCGUGCGGCAUCUGUGCCACUUUCUGAAUCAGGUUCUCUGAGUAAUGGGAACUCGAGUGAAACUGAUAAGAAUCAAGAUAGGUUGGCUCAGUUAUGUGGUGAUGCUUGUGAUAAAUCUGAGAUAUGCCUGAAGUCAAUUGAUAACUCUGACCCGAAAAAUGAAUUGCAUGAUGAAGAUAGAGAGACUUAUAAAUCUGAUGCCCAAGUGAAUGGAAGCCCUGAUGUUCUUGAUUCACUAUCUUAUGCUUCUGAAUCAUGUAAUGACUCAAGUGACUCUUCAGAAUCAGGCGUUAAAGUAUCUGCCAAUAGUAGCGACUCAAUUAAUGUCACUGAAAGUUUUAGAAACCCAAUCAGUAAAUUUAUUUUUCCCUGUGAAAUAAAAGAUGAAGCAAGAAAGAAUAAGAAGUUCUGUCUUACUCGGAUUUCAAAGACAAAUUCCAUAAGUAUAGAUUUUCGACUCUCCAGGGGUAUAUCAGAGGUUAAUGAAGGAAAAUAUGCUCAGGCCAUAUCCAUUUUUGACCAGAUAUUGAAAAAGGACCCUGCAUACCCUGAGGCAUUGAUAGGAAGAGGGACUGCAUAUGCAUUCCAGAGAGAAAUUGAUGCUGCUAUAGCUGAUUUUACAAAGGCUAUACAAUUUAAUCCAUUGGCCAGUGAGGCAUGGACAAGGAGAGGUCAGGCCCGGGCAGCCUUGGGAGAGUUUGCUGAGGCUAUUGAAGACAUGACUAAAGCUUUAGAGCUUGAACCCAACUCUGCAGAUAUCUUACAUGAGAGAGGGAUGGUCAAUUUCAAGUUUAAAGAGUUUGGUGCUGCUGUUGAAGACCUUUCAGCUUGUUUGAUUCUAGAUAAGGAUAAUAGCUCCGCCUACACAUAUUUGGGUUUAGCACUAUCUUCAAUUGGUGAUUAUAAGAAAGCUGAAGAAGCCCAUCUAAAAGCACUUCAACUUGACAGAAAUUUCCUUGAAGCAUGGGCACAUCUGAUUCAGUUCUAUCAUGAUCUAGCAAAUGCAACUAAAGCUCAUGAAUGUCUAAAUGAGGUGCUACGAAUUGACGAGAGAUUUGCAGGAGGGUAUCAUUUGCGUGGCGUUUUGUUUCAUGCAAUGGGUGAGCAUAGGAAAGCUAUCAAGGAUUUAACAAGGGGCUUGAGCAUUGAUGGCACCAACAUUGACUGUUUAUAUUUAAGAGCUUCCUGCUACCAAGCUGUUGGACAAUACAAAGAGGCGGUCAAGGAUUAUGAUGCUGCACUGAAUUUGGAUUCGGACUCAAUGGAGAAGUUUGCGCUACAAUGCCUUGCCUUUUAUCAGAAGGAGAUUACUCUGUACACAGCCUCAAAGUUUAACAAUGAUUUUUGCUGGUUCGAUAUUGAUGGAGAUAUUGAUGCACUUUUUAAGGAGUACUGGUGCAAGAGAUUGCAUCCAAAGAAUGUAUGUGAAAAGGUGUUCAGACAACCUCCUUUGCGUGAUUCUUUAAGGAAGGGAAAGCUUAGAAAGCAAGAAUUUACUAUUACAAAGCAGAAGGCUGCUCUUCUACAGGCUGCAGACUCCAUUGGCAAGAAAAUCCAGUAUGAUUGUCCUGGAUUCCUGCCUAAUAGACGUCAGCAUCGGAUGGCAGGACUUGCUGCUAUUGAAAUUGCUCAGAAGGUCUCAAAGGCUUGGCGUUCCCUGCAUGCUGAAUGGAAAUAUUCUAAAGGCAACUCAAAGAAUGGAAAACGGGCCAAGCGAAGGGAAAGAAUUAACAGGCCCAGUCAAAACAGGGGAGGUGUUGGUUGCAGUACGAGCAGUACCUUGGAAACAUCUUUACAUGGCACUGUAGAUGAUAGAUCAUCCAGCUGUACAAUGUCAUGGCAAGAUGUUUACUCAUUAGCUGUUAGAUGGAGACAGAUUUCUGAGCCUUGUGACCCUGUUAUGUGGGUGAACAAGCUAAGUAAAGACUUGAAUUCUGGAAUUGGUUCUCAUACACCUAUGAUUCUUGGGCAAGCCAAAGUUGUUCGUUACUUUCCUAAUUAUGAAAGGACAUUGGAUCUUGCGAAGACUGUCAUGAAAGAAAGAUCAUUUGUGUACAGCAACACAGAUGAGAUGAUCAAUCUUUCCAAAGAUGGAAAAUUAGAACAGGUCAUGCUAGCAAAAUCGUGCUCUGAUCUUUAUAGAGUUAUUGGUGAGGAUUUCUGGUUGGCUACCUCGUGCAACAGUACUGCAUUUGAAGGGAAGCAGCUUGAAGGGACAAGGAUAACCCUUGAAAAAAAGGGGGAACAUGGGUUUGACUUUGCUAUUAGAACACCUUGUACAUCUGCUAGAUGGGAAGAUUUUGACGCAGAAAUGGAAGUGGCAUGGGAAACUCUCUGCAGUGCCUACUGUGGUGAAAAUUAUGGAUCUACUGAUUUCAACGUGCUUGAAGACGUGCGAAAUGCAAUUCUAAGAAUGACAUAUUACUGGUAUAACUUUAGGCCCCUCUAUAAGGGAUCUGCUGCGGUUGGAUUUGUAGUUAUGCAGGGUUUGUUGCUUGCUGCCAAUAUGGAGUUCACAGGAAGCAUCCCACAGGGUUUACAAGUUGAUUUGGAAGCAAUUUUGAGCUCUGAUACAAACUCCUUUGUAGAUUCUGUUGAAACGUGGCUAUACCCAUCUCUGAAGUUGACAACCUUAUGGAAAGGCUACCCUGAUAUUGUGUCAACUUUUGAAACAAUAGGGUCCGUCGUUGCUGCUUUGAGUUUUUCUGACGAUUUUUGAUAAAUGGCCAGAUGCUAUGGAAGUUCAAGCUGCAGCAAACUGCAGCUAAAAUGAAAUUUCUUUGUUUCUUAUUGUCUUACUAGUGAACAUUUUCUUCAAUACCUGCUUAAGACACUCGGUGCUCCUUAUUUGUACUCUUUUUUAAAAGCGCUCCUUAUUUAUACCUAAUUUAUAUACCUAAUAAAGUUGAUAAACUCAACAAAUGAGUUGCAUAGAC